ACAUCAACAAGCCAAACAAAAUUUUGCCAAACGGAGCAAAUCAAAACAUUUGGUGCCGUUUCGCGUUCCUCGCGAACUCUAUCCAUAUUUUGCACGUUUUUCAGAAUCGAUUUAGUUAAUCUUUACAACAAUUGAUUACAAGAAAGGUUAACGUUUUGUUGUUUACAAAAAUGGUGUACAUCCAUUUUCCAUCGAACUUAACCGAGGAGGAACUGAUGCUGCAAGCUAAAUAUGCCAAGCUAAGAAAGAAGAAAAAAGCCCUGCAAGCACUGAAAGCACCGAAACAGGAACCGGAAAAGAAUCUGCUACCCAAACGGCCAGCUGAUGCGCGUGAUGCACGGGAAGUCGCCCGAAAGCUGCUCAAAAGUGGCGCCAUACAAGCGAUACAGAAACCGCAGCCCAAACAGGAGGCUUCGUUCAAGCGCCCGAAAGGACAGGAACGGAAACGGACACAGCCGGAAAUGUCACCCGCAGGACAGUAUCAAUCGUUCGGUGCGUCUACAGAAUUCGAAAGCACCAGCUCGACGGCUUCCACGUCCAGCGCAGUGGUUGCAAGUUCGACCACACCAAUCGAAAGCCCGAACAGUCCUGCGGAGAAGGAAACGAGCCGUGUACAGAACCUCUACCAACAGUUUGCAAACGAGCGCGAAAAGGACGAUCAGACGGACAAGUCCAAACCAGCGGGUAUCGAUCCAUCAAAGGAUAAACCACGAUCCGGUAAUACGGUGUACGUUUCCGGCAACAAGGUGACUGAGAACUUUCUCAAGAAGCACUUUAGCGAUUUUGGGGAAAUCCUUAACAUUUCGAUGGAGAUCGAGAAGGGGCGAGGAUUUAUAACGUUUUCUAAAACGGAAUCGGCCGACAAAGCGAUAAGUGAGCUGCAUUCCAAGACGGUCGGUGGUAUACAGCUGCAGGUGCAGCUGGCACGCCGUCAGCCACAAAUUAACCCAAUCAACGAUGCUGGUUCUUCUGCUGUGUGGUCUGCUUUGGCCACCAACCGCUCGCAAAAGGGCAAACACAAGGACAAUCGUGAGCUGGUUUGUUACGAUCAUGAUGAUAUAUUUUGAGAGGGCGAAGUCUUCAAUAAUUUCUGGGACACACAUGUCACGGGGUGGAAUUUAUGCUGAUCAGAAGUCUGUAGGAUGUAUAAUAAAAUGUAUUUUACAUUUCCACGAGCUGCAAAAA